GGAAAAGAUGACUUGAAUAUCUGGUUUCUGUGUUCUUUUGUGAAUCAGUUGUAAUCUGGAAUGCGGAGAAUAUGUCGAGAAUAGUUGAGUCUUUGAAAAAAUUAAAUGUCGAAAACGACGCAGAGUCGUACCGACAAGACAAUGACAGGGUCAACAGGAAGGUCGAAUUGACGCUGUCACUGGAAGAAAAAGUGUCACUCGAUCAGAAUGACUACAUAUUAUCCGUCUGUGGAACCCAAAGUGAGCCAGAAUUUAGGAUUGGAACAGCAUUAUCAGAUCAUUCUUGCAUAAUAUAUUCUGUUGGCGAAUCCUUGAAUCGAACGAUUAUGCUAGAUCAUAAUCGAUCACCCAUCGUAGGAAUUAAGUUCAGUCCUACUUCUAAAAAUAUAUUAUAUAUCGCAACUAAUGAUGGAUUAAUUACAGCAUGUGAUUUGCGUGCUAAGGGAAAGGUUGUAGCAGAAUUUAAAGAUAAUACAGAAAAUGGCAAAAUAAAACCUUUGGCUAGCUUUGAUCUUAGCUGUGAUGAAAGGCUUAUAGCUGGUGGGACAGAGCACACGGGUGGAGAUGCAUUUAUUCUGUUUUGGGACAUAAGGCAAAGUAAUUCAAAACUAGAAAACACAAACAGUCUCCUUGGUGGAUAUUGGGAAUCGCAUAUGGAUGAUAUAACUUGUCUGACCUUUCAUCCUGCCAAGCGGAAUGUUUUGGCAUCUGGUAGUACAGAUGGUUUGAUGAAUAUAUUUGACCUGACACAAUCCUCAGAAGAUUUGGCUUUAACUUGUUCUUUAAAUACCGAAUCAUCAGUGGACAGACUGGGUUGGUUAACUGAUGAUUCUCUAUGGUGUACGACACAUACACAAACGUUACAAUUAUGGGAAUGUGAAGGUGCUAGUGCAUAUGCAACAUUUGCGCGUAGUGAUUUAGCCAUGUCACAGAAUGAUGAUCCUGAUAAUUGUUACUUGGUAAGAUUCCAUACCACUAAUGUUUUUGGACAACCAUUCGUGUUAGCGGGUUCCAGCACAGUUAAAGGGGAAAAUCUAAGAUGCUUGAACAUUAAGAAGAAUCGUUUGAAAACAUAUUACGAAAUUGUAGGGAAUAAACAAAUAAUACGGGACAGCUGGAUGCAUGAGAAGAGUGGAAGCUUGGUGACAGUUGGUGAAAAAGGCAUUGUCAGUAUUUGGCGACAAACGGAAUCGUCGAUACAACAAAAUUCAAGUCAUAAGUUGUUAACUAAAAUUGGAACUGACCGUGAUCGGCAUCACAGAUCUAAACCUUAUUAAAAUAAACAUUUAGGAAAAAAAUAUGUUAAUACGGAAAAGUGUUUUGCCAUAAAGUGAUUGUAUCAUCACAGUGGAAAUGGAACAAUCAACAAAGUGUCAUAAUUGUAUAUUUCCCUCACAUUCUUCUUUAUUACAAUAACAGUUGUAUGUACAUUUAUAAUAAAUAGAUAUUAUUUGUUUAUGCGAUUAUUCAACGGCGAGUCAUAUAUCGAUUAAAAAAAUGUAGCCACGAGUUUCGUGGUAUAAAUGCUAAGGAAUGUAAAUCACAUGUAACUGUGGAUACAUUGAAUUAAUGGACAUGGAAGAAAAGAAUAAGACAAACCAUAGGAGUCGCACGCGACUUGUAAGGAAACGAUUUCCUUCUACCACAGCAAGAUUAGAAUUAAUAAAACAGACGACAUUGGCAAUCGUCACAGAGAAAGUUUGUAUCAAGCAAUUAGUACUCGUGAUAGAGGACAGUCAACCAAAUAAUGAUAACAAUUGAUAGUCGUUUACAGUCUCUGUGUUUGAAAAUCAUCAAAAUUCAAGGAGACUCCUAUCGCCAAUCCGUGAGCGUGUCAAUAACCAAACACACGCCCGUUUAUUACAUAUUAUGUAAUAUUACAAUUAACGAUUCAAAAGACGAUCGCAGUAGCGAGUAUCACAAUGAUAACAGUAGAUAUAUAGUUUUAGAGCGAAACGGUAGUAUAGGUACAGAGUAAACGUACAAAAAUACUUCCCAUGAGCAUCGGGGACGUAAAGAUUCGCUAAAACGUGGAAAACCGCGUUACUAUAACUUCAUUUAUAUAUAUAUAUAUAUAUAUAUAUAUAUAUAUAUUUCUUU